AGCUGCCUAACCUCUAACGGUGAUUUUUUCCCUCCCUUGCUCCUCGUUUGGACAAGCUCCCCACAAUGAAGAUGCUGCUGAGUCUGAUUGCUCUUCUCUCUGCUGCCCUGUUAGCCAACGCAGCCCCUCCAACUUGCUACUCAAGGGUGUUGUCUCUGAGUAAAGAAAUCACGGAGUCCUUUAAGGAGUUACAGACCUCCAAAGCUGUGGACUCGUGUGUGGAGAUGCUGCCCAGGCUGUACUUGGACAUACAUAACUACUGUAUCUUGGCAAAACUCCGUGACUUUGUGGCAUACCCCAGAUGUGAGAGAGUGCUUGAAGUGAGUGAGCUGAAGGAAAAAGCCCGGAGCCUGUACACCAUCAUGAUCUCCUACUGCAGAAGGGACUUAGUGUUCCUCACUGAUGACUGUAACGCUCUGGAAAGUCCUAUUCUGCCUCCCAUUGAGCCCUCUGUCAUUGAGAGCUAAAAUGGAAUCGACUCAAAAUUGUACCUGGAAAUUUCCAAGGAGA